CGAUGUUAUUUUUGACACUGCGAAUUAUAUAUACAUCACAAACAAUUGUUUUGCGUUUUAAUGACGCUUUGUGUGCUGCGUUUUUCUUCCGAAAUUUAGUUGAUAAAAUUGAGCUGUUCAAAUAUUUGGUGGCGCCAUGUCGUUUCUCAAUCAAAACGAAAUGAAACAAUAUCUUGGUAAUGCCCUCGAUUGUGUUGAAUUCAAAUUGAUUCGAAAUCGCGGUGAAAUCAAUGACGAUACAGCCACCUCAUUCCAUCCUGAGUUCGCCCAUCAAAUUUUCGGUGAAAAUGAAUGCGUGUUCGGUUACAAAGAUUUGAAAAUUCGUCUCUUCUAUACGGCCGGUCCAUUGAAUAUGUACAUGGGAAUCAAGUAUACAUCGCGCAUUGAAGAUAUUCAAAGUAAUGGUCUCAAGAGUGACGAUGUGUGCAACGGUAUCUCUAAGCUGUUAACAACGGGCUGCUAUUACACAAACAUUGACGAAUUUCUCUCAAAAUUGGACAAAGAAGAGUCAUUUGUACCAUUUGGUGAGAAAAUGUUCAGCUGGGAAAUCGAACAGGAGAACAAUACACAUCGAACGUUUGAAAUAUUCGAAUGCAAUAUUGAAACACCCGGUUUUAUCGCCUAUCAUGCUCGUUUGCAAACAUUUCUGCUUUGGUUCGUUGAUGCAGCCAGCUAUAUUGACAUCACGGAUCCACAAUGGAUGUUCUUUGUUGUUUAUGAAAAAUACACGUCAAAUAAUGGUUCAGUUCAGUAUGCAACCGUUGGUUAUUCAACAGUUUAUUCAUACUACGCGUAUCCACAAAAUAUUCGACCACGUAUCAGCCAGUGUUUGAUUUUGCCGCCAUUCCAAGGCAUGGGCAUUGGUGCACAGGUCAUCGAAACCAUUUACAAUAAGUUCAAUCGUGAUCCAAAAGUCGUUGACAUCACCGUUGAGGAUCCAUCAGACGAUUUCCGUCGCGUUCGUAACUUUGUCGAUGCGAAACUGUGUAUGGAUUUGCCCGAAUUUGCACCCGAAAAGCUGAAAAUGGGCUUCACAAAAGAGAUGGUCAAUGCGGCAAAGAAUAAAUACAAGAUCAACCCGAAACAGUGUCGUAUUGUGUAUGAAAUCCUGCGAUUGAAAUCAACCAAUGUCAAUGAUUCAGCCGAAUACAAAGCGUACCGUUUGUGUGUGAAGAAUCGUUUGAAUGUGCCGCAUCACAAGCAAAAAGAAGACUUGAAGAAAAUGGAAAAGCGUGGUAUCGAUGUAACCGCAACAGCUGCAACGAUUCCAUCAACUGAUGAACGCAUCGAUCAAUUGAAAGAGGAGUAUGAGGCCCACGAAGAGGAGUACUAUAGAAUAAUCAACCGCCUUAAGUUGCAAGCUCAGCAUUAAUGCAUCUCUGCCAUCAAAUUUUUUGGUUCUAUGCCGUAAAAUCGAUUUAAUUUAAAGUGUUUUUUUUUGUUAGUUUGCGUACUUUUCACUUUUUUUUUCUUCAAUUUUUUCUUUCAUUAUUCUAUGUUAUGAGUCGAAAAUCAAUGAUAAUUUGUCGGUCGAGUAAUAUGGCUUAAAAUUAUGUUGUUAUACACUAUAUUUUAGUUCCAAGUGAGAUUGUAUGAUUCAAUUUAGUUUUAAGUAUGAUAUAUGCAUUUCGGAAUAUCACACACAUGAAGUGCAACUCUGAAACAGUAAAUAAAGUUCACUAAUGAUAAAUAAUGAUAUUA